UUGCUGUUGUUGUUGCAGCAGGCUCUGGUUGUUAUGGUUACAUGUGAUCAUAAGAUAGGCUACCUAGAUAGUAUGUUAUGGGAAUUUGUGUUUUUUACGAUGUUUGAUUCUUGCUUGGUACUUAACUCUAAUUUAAACGCUUCAUCUACACCAAGAAUCUGACAAAAAGAUGCUACCUAGAUGAUGAGCUGAGAAAUUCAACUCUGACCACAAGAAACAACCAAACUCGCGGCCAUGUCAUACUUAGAGGAGGGAAUACCUGAUCUCCAUCUAAGCAUUGACUGUGGUGAUAAUUCUGUCAGACCACAGACUGGUCACAUCCCACCUGAGAAUGUUGAUCCUAUGCAGAUAACUGAAUAUGUGACUUCUGACACACUAUAUCUAAGUAGAAGAAAGUUAAAAGAUAUUGAGGAUAGCAUUUUGAAGACCCAUAUGUUAAAGAAUUUGUAUCUCGAAGGUAACCAAAUAUCCAGUCUUCCGGAUUCUCUGUUCACCAGUUUGUCAAAUUUGGUGUGGUUAGACCUCAGAAAUAACCAAAUCACUGCACUUCCUGCGGAAAUUGGUCUCCAUAGGUCUCUGAAAACAUUGCUGUUGGAAGGAAAUCCAAUCAAGGAGCUACCAUUAGAAUUGGGUACUGUAAUCACUCUCAGGGCCCUGAGUCUGAGGCAUUGCCCCAUCGUCUUCCCACCUCAAGAGAUUGUGGAGCAGGGACUUCAGUGCAUCCUUCAGUUUCUAAGAGGUGCCAUGGUUGUGAGACCAGUCAGUGUGCGGAACCCUCUUCCAGACAUGCCUCCUGUGGAGAAGCUGCAGUUGGCAGAACUUGUCAAGUCCAGUCUGGACCUGUGUGAGGAGGUGGUGAAUGAGGAUGAGAUGCGCCGGUUCAAGGAACUCAAACAGAAGAUGAUCCAGAUGGACAGGGCUGAGUCUGACUAUGGGGCAGCAGCACUACCCCUGGCAUGUCUGCCCGGGGCAGCAGCACCACCCCUGGCAUGUCUGCCCAGGGCAGCAGCACCACCCCUGGCAUGUCUGCCCAGGGCAGCAGCACCACCCCUGGCAUGUCUGCCCGGGGCAGCAGCACCACCCCUGGCAUGUCUGCCCAGGGCAGCAGCACCACCCCUGGCAUGUCUGCCCAGGGCAGCAGCACCACCCCUGGCAUGUCUGCCCGGGGCAGCAGAGGGAGAGAAAGGUCACAAGACAUACCCUCUGCCUGUUGUCAAAAGAAGUAGAGAGAUUACCAAAGCUGGCAUAUUUCCAGAACUCCCUCCAUUUGACACGCAGUACUGGAAGAGGUCAGAGGAGAGAAGACUGGCUGCAAUGAAAGAGCUUAAAGAGAAACAAGCCAUUUUAGAACAGAGGAGGAAAGACCAAGAGCUCCUGCGGGAAUGGCGCACUCACGCAAAAAUUAUGCAGGAGAGGAAAAUCUUGGAGCACAAGCAGGCAAGGCUUGAGAGACAAAGAAAAGAAGAGACGUUGAAAACCCUCGUGUCAGGCUCAGACACAAAGCUGAGGCUCACACGCUCUGAAGCAGCCACAGGCCUAGCUAGCAACAGAAACAUGUAUCUCCAGUGUGCAGAGUCAGUCGUCCUACACUCAGACGGCCCUAUAGAGGCCCCACCACAGUUGGUUUCACAGAAAGCUCCGUAUGCCACCGAUUCUCUCGUUCAUGACAGUGUUGAAGUCAAACCUGGCAACACCCAACAGAGACUACAGAACCAGAGGUCUCAGAAGGAGGCUGAGGAGACCAGAGUGACACGAGACAGGGAGCUGGAGCACCGAAUCAGAAUUCAUGUUCAGAUGAUGCAGGAGAGACGCAGGAGGCCCAGGGGCACAGUGGAAGAAGAGACAGCCGCUGCCAGGCUCGACAUGGAGGAGGCCAAGAAGUUGCAGGAGGAACUUGAUGCAAGGAAACAAGAGAAAGACCUGGAGUAUAGAUUCAUCGCAUAUACUGGGGAGAGCUCACCAAGAUGAGAUGACGAGUGCAGUUUUGAUGUGCUGCCUUUAGGAUUUGUUGCUUCCAUGUUGGUUUUAUUAAACGGAUACAUUAUGA